CGCCGGCGCGGGCCGCACGGGCGGGAGGGGUCUCGCAUGGCCUCCGCGCGCGGCGGCACCCGGGCGCGGCGUCCCCGCUCCGGGCCUCUGUUCCUGCGUCCGUGAAGCCCGGGCGAGAACAGGGCUUCAAGGUGGUGCCGCGCGUACGUCCCUCGAGAACGCCCGGCCCGGUCCGGGGUCCUGACGCGGCCAGCGGGGUGGCAGGGGCCGCUGCGAUGGACUCGCUGGCAGCGCCCCAGGACCGCCUGGUGGAGCAGCUGCUGUCACCGCGGACCCAGGCCCAGCGGCGGCUCAAGGACGUCGACAAGCAGUACGUGGGCUUUGCCACGCUGCCCAACCAGGUGCACCGCAAGUCGGUGAAGAAGGGCUUUGACUUCACGCUCAUGGUGGCCGGUGAGUGGGCCUGGCUCCCAGGAGGGGCGGGCCAGUGGCCAGCCAGGCUCUUCAUGGCACCUUGGACUGACUCAACUCCUUCACUGUACCUGUGGGCAGGUGAGUCGGGCCUGGGGAAAUCCACACUGGUCCACAGCCUCUUCCUGACCGACUUGUACAAGGACCGGAAGCUGCUCAGUGCCGAGGAGCGCAUCAACCAGACAGUGGAGAUCCUGAAGCACACGGUGGACAUUGAGGAGAAGGGGGUCAAGCUGAAGCUCACCAUUGUGGACACACCAGGCUUCGGGGAUGCUGUCAACAACUCUGAGUGCUGGAAGCCCAUCACAGACUAUGUGGACCAGCAGUUUGAGCAGUAUUUCCGUGACGAGAGUGGCCUCAACCGCAAGAACAUUCAAGACAACCGGGUGCACUGCUGCCUGUACUUCAUUUCCCCUUUUGGGCACGGGCUUCGGCCAGUGGAUGUGAGUUUCAUGAAGGCUCUCCAUGAGAAGGUGAACAUAGUGCCCCUCAUCGCCAAAGCUGACUGUCUUGUCCCCGGCGAGAUUCGGAAGCUGAAGGAGCGGAUCCGGGAGGAGAUUGACAAGUUCGGGAUCCACGUGUACCAGUUCCCUGAGUGUGACUCGGAUGAGGACGAGGACUUCAAGCAGCAGGAUCGGGAACUGAAGCCCUCACCUGCCCCUUCCCAGGAGAGUGCGCCCUUCGCUGUUAUCGGCAGCAACACGGUGGUGGAGGCCAAGGGGCAGCGGGUCCGGGGGCGACUGUACCCCUGGGGGAUCGUGGAGGUAGAGAACCAGGCACACUGCGACUUCGUGAAGCUGCGCAACAUGCUCAUUCGCACACACAUGCAUGACCUCAAGGACGUGACGUGCGACGUGCACUACGAGAACUACCGUGCGCACUGCAUCCAGCAGAUGACCAGCAAACUCACCCAGGACAGCCGCAUGGAGAGCCCCAUCCCCAUCCUGCCACUGCCCACGCCUGACGCUGAGACAGAGAAGCUCAUUAGGAUGAAGGAUGAGGAGCUGAGGCGCAUGCAGGAGAUGCUGCAGAAGAUGAAGCAGCAAAUGCAGGACCAGUGACCCCCCAGCCUCACAUUGCCAUGGAUAUACUGCCAGUCUCCAGGCUGGCCCUUCCCACCCCUGGAUCCCUACUGGUCUGUACUCUACCCUGGAUUCAUCUGGAUUUCUGACAGGCCUGGACACAACCCCAAUCCCAGAGUGGCCCAGACCCGAACUGUUCCCUGCCGUUCCAGACCUGACCCGGAGACGCGGGGUUGCACCCCCCAGCCAACCCUAAUUUAUUCUCAGCAUCAAUCCCUCCUCUUAUUUGUAUUUGCCCCUACAACCAGUUCCUUCUGGCCUUGAGGGACCAGGAGCUUCGUUGGGCCGUGACUUCUGAGAUCUGCCCCCACCCCAGAAGAUCCUAGCACUCAGACUCCAGGCCCUACUCGGGGCGGGUAAACCAAGGC